ACAAUUACUAUUUGGAAAAUGGCAUCUUUAAAGUUUAACAUUAUUCUGUUCUUCCUGGUUCUUUGUGCAUUCCUACAAGUUUCUGAUGCUCAAUUUUUCCAUCCAAUAUGGGGAUUCCAUUGUGGAUUCCACUGCCGUCGGUUCCAUAGAAGAAUGUUCUGGCGCAAUAUGCUUUGGGGAUAGAUCUAAUAUCCAAAAUUUAAAUUAUUUUGAUAUGUAUAAGUUAUGUACAAUUGUAUAAAAAAGAUUGCAUCAAUCUAAUCUGAAUAAAGUUAUUAUGUUU